CAGAACAAAAUCAUGAUGGUGUUAUCAAACGUGAAGUCGUAUUUAGCUUCAGGAAAUUUGAAUUACUUUCAAAAAGUUUCAAGUUCUUUGAGAACUACGCUGGAUAAUAAACUGAGAGAUCCCGAUUUCUCAGUUUUAUUAGAUGAAGGCGCUGUGAAACGAAACGAAGAAGCUGAAAGUUUCAUCCCAAAGGAUCAUCUGAAGGAUAAUUCUAUUCGGGCUCUCAGGUCAGUGACAGACGGUGAUUGUUUAUACAGCAGUGCUUCUCUGGCUGUUUCAGGUACGAAUGAUUUAAUAGAUGAGCUUAGAGCUUUAACUUGCAUAGAGCUUUUCGAAAAUUCUCUAUUCUACUCAAACCAUCCAAUUUUUGUAUCUUUAUGUCAAUCUUCAGAUUUGUUUUCCUGUGUAGAAAGUACAUUAAAGUUUUCAGUUAGCCAUUCCUCUGUAGACACAGGUCUUUCGGCAGCAGAUCUUGUACAGAAGGAAGCUAUUCUUAUGUGCAGUAAAAACAUAUGGUCAUCUUUUAUCUGUAUACUUGCCCUUACCAGUGUAUUAAAAAGAAAUAUUCCAACUUUAUAUCCUGAUUGUGGUCAGCUACGAUUCAAGACGCUUUUCAAUCAGAAUAUUUUUCCUCGUCUGCCUUCAAAUAAAAAUUUACAGCCUGUUUCAAUUUUAUUUUGCAAUAAUGGCAAACAUUCUGGGCAAUUUAAACCCAAUCAUUUUGUCCCUUUAGUUUCCAUUAAAUUGAGUAAAGCUACGUUAAAGCGUCCUGCUCAAUAUUUUCAAGCUAGGUUGCCAUACUUUAUGAAGACAGAGAGCAAAAUAAAAAGAACUGAAAACGUAUGUGUCUCAUCACCAAAUUUUUCCUCUUCAUUAGGCCAAACAACAUUAGUUAAUCAAUGUGGUACUUCUGGCACUAAUGAGGAGACUUCUUCCAUUUCAAAAAAGCCAACCUUUAACUUUAAAAACUUUUUUGUCAAAGGAAAUGCUAAGUUAAAACCUAUUACACCUGAAAAAGUUUUUUCUGCAAAACCUUUAUUAAAUUCUUUCGACCCAGGUUAUAUUGAUGGUAUUGGAAAAUAUGAUGUAGGCACUUAUUACAAGCAAGCUCCACACCUUAGUGAUCAUGAUAUAGUCACAUAUGUUGAUAACGUAACAAAACCUGAUCAAGGAUUCACUUUUCCUAGGGACAAACUUAAUAGGCGAUUUCGAUAUGUUUGGUUUGCUCAAUUUCCGUGGCUAGCAUAUUCUAAUCACAUGGAUGCUGCGUUUUGUCUGCCUUGCACAUUAUUGCAUCAAAAAAUAAAUUUAAAAUCUGCAUUAGCUACUAAUCUUAUUUCAAAGGGGCAGAACUACUGGAAUGACAGUGUUUCGGUCUAUAAAAAACAUGAAAAAAGUGCUCUUCAUAAGGACACCUCUUCUAUUUUGACUUCUUUAAGGACUAACCAGUCAGGUACAACCAAAAAAAUUAAUGAACUGGUAUCUACUAUGUAUUCCAAAAAGGUAGAAGCCAACAGAAUUUUUUUAGCAGCUAUUAUUGAUACAGUUAUUCUUUGUGGCCGCCUAUGCAUUUCCCUGAGAGGACACAGAGACAACUUAAAAGAUUUUCCUGAAGUUGGUGGCUAUGCUCCUUAUUCUGUAGGUAAUUUUCUUGACCUUUUAAAUUAUAGAGUAAGAGGGGGUGAUAUAGCUUUAGGUAAUCAUUUAAAAGCCUGUUCAAAAAAUGCAACUUACUUAUCACCACAAACACAGAAUGAAAUUAUUUCAUGUUGUGGUGAUUAUAUAACAGACAAAAUAAUAUCUGCAGUUAAACAAGCUAAAUUUUUUUCAAUAAUUUGUGACGAAGCUUGCGACACAUCUACCAAGGAACAAAUGUCAGUAGUACUUCGUUUUGUAGACCAACAUUGUAACUUGCGAGAGGAAUUCAUAAGGUUUGUUCAUUGUAGUGAAGGGCUCUCAGGUUUGUCUCUUUCAAAGGUCAUUUUAAAAACCUUGAAUGAACUUUCUCUUGACAUACAGAAUUGUCGAGGUCAGUGUUAUGAUGGUGCUGGGAAUGUAGCUGGUAAAAUUAAUGGUUGUCAGGCUCAUAUUUUAAAGCAAAACAGAUUAGCUUUAUACACACACUGUUCUUCUCAUCGCCUAAAUUUAGUUGUCUGUAAUUCGUGCUCUGUACAUUAUGUCCGCAACAUGAUGGAUCAAAUCAAACAGAUAACAUAUUUUUUCAAAUUUUCUGAAAGUAGAUUGAAACUUUUACGAAAGAAUGUUGCUGACUCUACUAACAAUCCUAAUUAUGCCCAUAUUAUUGAUGUUUGUAACACUAGGUGGGUGGAACGUAUUAUUGGCAUGAGUGUUUUUAAUGAUUUAUUUGAAGGCAUUUUAGCUACUUUUGAUGAGAUGGCCCUUAACCCUAAUGGGGUAAUUAAUGCUGAUACUGUAUCCAAAGCAGUCAGUCAUAGAAAUGCAUUGGAAAAAUUUGACUUUGUUAUUGCCAUGGUCAUUACUAGACAGGUAUUUGACAUGACAAUGGAAGUAACAAAACUAUUACAGAGUAAGACUAAUGACAUGUUUAAAACUGUAAUGUUAAUUAAUUCUUUAAUAGAUAGGUUUUCUUGCAUUAGAGACAAUAUUGACACCUAUCAUGAAAAGUGGUUUUUACUUGCAGAGGAAUUAGCUCAAAAAGUAAACAUAACAGUUAGUGUUCCUCGAACUGCUAAAAGACAAGUACACAGGCCAAAUUAUACUUAUUCUGAUGUUUCAGAUUACUUUAAAAAGGCCAUAACUAUCCCUCUUAUUGACCAUGUGAUUUCUGAGCUAAACGAUCGAUUUAAUCAUUCUGUGACUGCAUGUCAUGGUCUAGUGAUCAUACCAUCCAAACUUUUACAUCUCCUUGCAUAUGAAAAAGAACACUCUUCUAAAUUGCCAUGGAAAAAUCAAUUUGACACAUUUGUAAAUUUCUAUUUUAACGACUUUCCCAACCCUUUAACUAUUUCAAAUGAGCUAGAGGUGUGGGUAACCUUUUGGCAAAAUAUGGAAAAAGAAAAUCCUGAAUCCAUUCCAAACUCCAUUGAAGCUACUCUUAAAGCUUUCCCUCGUGCAGAUGGAGUCUUUAGCAACAUAGAGGUGGCCCUUAGAAUUUUAGCCACUAUUCCCAUGACUUCAUGCGAGUGUGAAAGAUCCUUUUCUGCAAUGAGGAGACUAAAAAACUAUUGCAGAUCAACAAUGACAGAAGAAAGGUUUAAUGGUCUUGCUCUACUCCAUGUUCAUUUGGGUGUUCAAAUAAAUAAAGAAGAUAUAAUUAAUAGGUUUUCCGCCAAGGGACCACGCAGGUUAGAUUUUGUCUAAUCAUUUUCUUUUUUCAACUUUUUUGAUUAACUUCCAUCUCAAUCUUUAUUAAGAUGUAUUAUAAGUAAGGUAUUUAUAUAUAAAAAAUUUAAAUAAAUAAGCAACUUACCCCCACUUCUAGCCUAAUAUUAAGUAAAUACCCCAUUUCUAGCCUAAUAUUAAGUAAACACCCCUUUUUCCAUUUUACUGUCAUUUUGACCGGUAGAUAUACAUGUAUAUUUAUGUAUCUGAUUUGAUUGAUUCACUCAUUCAUGGUUUGGGUAUGAAACUCUGAUCCUUGCCAUGUUUUUAUUCAUUCAUUCAUGUUAGAUUCAAUUUGUCCAUGGUUCCAUUUCAUUAUAUUUUUGAAAUUUUUGUUAAUAGUUAUGAAGAAAGAAGAUUUUGAUUUGGUUAAAUUUUUAAUAACCUCCAAUCUGCAAAAAACAUUAUUUUGGUGCUGAAUAUGAAGAAAGAAGAAUGAAGAUUUUAGUUAUUGCAUUAAUAACUUUCAAUCUAUAAAAAACAUUAUGAUGGUGUUAUGCUGUCUUAUUGCUGGUUUGAUUACAACCUUGCUAAUAAAUAUUGUAAUGUA